GUUUCCCUCACGUGGUAGCCGCUCCUCCCGGCUGACAGCGGCCGCUUCUCCCUCUGCCGGAAGCGGAUCCCGCCGGUCUCCGGGCAGCGCCGGGGCCGGAGCGGAGGGAGCUGCCCGUGCCCCGGUGCUCGGCGGGCAGAAUAUUCCAGAGACCAUCUGUGAUUGUUUUCAAGAUAGUUUUGCUUAAUGAGGUAUGGGAGAGAAGGAGCCAUGUCAGAAGAGGCUGUUACUGAGACACGAUUUUCUCUGAAGACAGUAGCUCUACGGGUGUUUCAUCUUCCCCUUUCCUGGUACUAUUCUCUUAACCAGAUAAAGCUUUCCCCAGGGUUAAAGAAACUUUUCACAGUAACAGCAGUGAGUGCAAUAUCUGUGAUUUUUCUGGCCCAUCACUUUAAAAGAAGACGUGGAAAGAAAAACAAGAAAGUGCCACCAUGGGAGCCAGCUCAUCUUGUGUUAGAGUGUACCAAAGCAGCUGCUUCAGAAAAAGGUUCUAGUUGUUCCAGUAGUCGACAAAACUUGACUCUUUCUCUGAGCUCUGCCAAGGAAAAAGGAUCUCAGUCCUGUAUCUAUGCAAAUGGAGGACUUUUCAGUAAAUACUCUGGUUCAGUUCAGAGCCUGGCCUCGGUUCAGAGUGCCACCUCUUGUCACAGUUGUGCUUGUGCCAAUUCUAAUUCCUGGGAUAAAGCAGAUGAAGAUGACCUUAAGCUUGUCAAUAUUCCAGUGACUACACCUGAAAAUUUGUAUUUGAUGGGUAUGGAGCUGUUUGAGGAGGCCCUGAGGCGCUGGGAGCAGGCCCUGACUUUCCGUAACAGGCAAGUUGAGGAUGAAGCAAUCUGUGGUUCCAUUAAGCUGGGAGCAGGAGAUGCAAUUGCAGAAGAAAGUGUAGAAGAUAUCAUUAGUGCUGAAUUCAUUCAUAAGCUUGAAUCCCUUCUUCAAAGAGCUUAUCGUCUUCAGGAGGAGUUUGAAGCCACCCUUGGGGUCUCUGAUCCUGCUGCUCUAGCUAAUGAUAUUGAUAAAAAUACAGACAUUACUGUAAAGGAUAAUGGGGAUGAUUUCUGCCUUCGAGAUACGUUAAGCAUUGCAUCCACGGAUUCCUUUGUUUCCACAGCUGAGCUUUCAGAGCACAGAGAGAUUCGUAGCACGUACGGUCUGGAUUCCCUUUGCCACUGCCCCCUGUAUGAAGAAGCCAUGCACUUAGCAGAAGAGGGCAAAAUUUAUUCACGGGUGUUAAGGACUGAAAUGUUUGAAUGUCUAGGAGACAGUGACUUCCUUGCUAAGCUUCAUUGUAUUCGACAAGCUUUUCAGAUAAUUCUUUCAGAAACAUCAAACAGAAUAUUUCUUGCUGAAAGUGGAAGAAAAAUUUUGUCUGCUUUAAUUGUGAAAGCACGAAAGAAUCCAAAGAAAUUUGAAGAUGUCUUUGAUGAAAUGAUAUAUUUUUUGGAGCAAACAGAUCACUGGGAUAAUACUGAAAUGGAACUUGCUGCUAGAGGAGUGAAAAAUAUGAAUUUUUAUGAUGUUGUCCUGGACUUCAUAUUAAUGGAUUCAUUUGAAGAUUUAGAAAAUCCACCAAUAUCUAUACAGAAUGUAGUAAAUAACCGCUGGUUAAAUUCCUCUUUUAAAGAAACUGCUGUGGCUUCAAGUUGUUGGUCAGUACUGAAGCAAAAAAGACAGCAAAUGAAGGUGCCUGAUGGAUUUUUUGCACAUUUCUAUGCUAUAUGUGAACAUAUCAGCCCUGUUUUGGCUUGGGGCUUUUUGGGCCCUAGAAAUUCACUGUAUGAUCUAUGCUGCUUCUUCAAGGAUCAAGUGCUUUUCUUCCUCAAAGACAUUUUUGAUUUUGAGAAGGUGAGGUACUCAACCAUGGAGAGCCUGGCCGAGGACCUGACGCAGCUGCUGAUGCGGCACACGGAGCUGCUGCUGGCCUACCUGGGGGCAGACUCCCUCAGGCACGUUGGGGCCUGUGUCAGUGGCCACAGGCCUGUCCUGACCACGGGGCUCCUGGAAGCAAAAGUACAGUAAGCUUCAAUCCCUGGCACGUGGCAGGGAGUGCACACAGAUGUGCUCUUUUCCACCCUUUUCUACUGUGGCUGUUACUGAGCAAGCAUCUGGGAAUGCAUCGUGUUGCUAAGUAUGGAAAAGGACUCAGGGAGGUUAAAUGUACAUCUGUGAAAAGAGCUGGGGAGUGUAUUACUGUAUAUACCUAAAUUAAUUUUGCAGCUCAGCUGUCGCUGUAUUUAUAUUUCAUGUAUCCCAAAGCUUUUUUCUGUAAUAUUCGGGUAAAGUUUAUUUAUGAAAUACUGUACUUUUGCACAAAUAAUUCGUAAGUGAAGCUGAUGGAGUUGUUUCCUUUCAAAGCUUAUAGUACAAAAUGUUCAUUGCAGAGUCUCCAAAGCAUUAGGUGUCUAGAUCUAGAAGGUGUUUUGACUGGGGUGUCUGAUUCAUGUGACAUGUGCAAUAAAGGAAUCACACGCACAGAACUGAACAUGUUGCCCCUGCCCCAGAACUCCAUUUGUGUGGGUGUCAGCAGCCAUUUUGUACUACAGUGUGAUGGAGCAGUGCAGGAAAUGCAAGCACCAUUUGGGCAGGAGUGACUGCCAGUAUGCAAUUUUUACUUUAUUUUUAUUUAAAAUAUCUAAACAUCACUAAGGUGUUUUAAAAUACUUCUUUAUAUUUGAAAAGCUAGCUUCACCAAUUAAUUUAAAACUUUCUUGUUCUAAAACCAUUACUACUCAAUAUGGUGGUAAAUGAACCAAUGUUAAUCUCAGUUCAUAUGUAGCAUUUCAAAAUAUAUUUUUAAUAAGUAUGUAUUAUAAGAUUUAUUAAUAAUGAAACAGAAUUGAAGGCAGUGUUUUAUAAUUUAAUAAUUUGUGUCUUCCUCCCUUCUUCGUGGGAAGUCAGGUGUCUGUUUAAGAGGAGAUUUGUGCAAUUGUGGCCAUCUCUGUGCAGUGUAAAACUGUGGCUCAGGCCAUGGAACCCUGAACUUCAGACAGGAGCACAGCACCUUCAGAAGGUAUGAGGCACCUUGCAGCAAUGGCCUUUCCUGUUCCAGAGGUGAUAAAUUAUGAUCUUUGAAUUUCUGUCAACUGAAGCAAUGCUUCACAGUUAGUUUAGGCUCUAAAACUGCUCUUCCAUGCCUUUGCUACACAAAGCCAGCCCACAAGAAUCUAUCCCAUGUCAAGAAAUACAGAGUAAUUUCAAAUAUUCAGAUACUUGAGAAGCAUGUUGUUAAAAUCUAGGAUAUCAAAACAAACUUUGACUAGCAACAUUUCAAAUUUCACGUCAAACACAACCCAAAAGGAUGCUAUUCAAAAUGAGGGCCUGUGUAAUUCACAGAUUUCACUGAAGCCAGCAUUUUGCUCCUUUGUUGUACUCACUUGAUAAAUACAAAAAGUGAUGAAAAUGUGUCAUAUUACUUGUGUGAAAUGCCAACUGAUUAUAGUUUAUUUAACAAAAAAGAGUAUACUCUAUAUGUAAUAAACCAGAAAUUCCAAAUGCUAUUCUUGGCCUAUUUCCACUGUUUAACUUGCUGAGCUUGGCACCAUCCUCCUUGCUGUAUUUUUUUUUCUCUGCAAUGUGUCUUCAAUACAGGCAUGUGAAGUUUUUUUCACCCACCUCUCUUAAGUUUUGAGAAGACAAAUAUGUUUAAGCUAUGUGCAUUUUGGCAGCUUUUUGCAAGUUAUGAAAGAAAUUAUAUUUAACAAUAAGGGUGUCUUGCUGGAUUCAGAAUCGAUAGGAAUAGCUGGAAAUAGAAGGAACAGAGUAAGUGUUCUGCAUAUUCUACAGCAAAUGUAUGACCUGUAGCUAACAGAGCAAAGUGUCUGCUGUGAUUUGUCUGGUCUAAUUAAUUUGUAUGAAGAAAAUUAUACCUUAACAUAUAUCACAAAGAAACAGAAAUGCACUUCUUCACGGAAUUAGAGGUAUAUUGAGAUUUUCAUAUUAUUUACAAAAAGCUCUUGAAGAAACGGAGUUGCAGAUGAGAUUAUAAAUGUUUCCAGACACUUGGAAAAAAAUUAAACCUGGAAACUUGGUCUUCUGUCAAAAACAAAAGGAUUGUUUUAAACAGAAGAAUAAGAAAGGUCUAAUCAAACACCAUACUAUUUAGAAAAUGGGGAGAAUUUCAUAAUAUCUGACUUCAGCAUUUGUGUCCCUUUCAAACUGGAGCACUUCUGUACACUCACAGAGCUCAAAAGUCCACAGAGUUGGACUGGAAAUUGAACCAAUGUAUUUCCCAUACAAAAUAAGAAAUACAGGAUCUGGUUGUUGUAAGAUGCCACCAACAAAGACUUGAUUGAAAAACGGUAAAGAAACCAAAAAAAGAAGGGGAUAGAGAAACAGUGAAAUGUCCAGGCACAGGGGCUUUUGGUCUCCUCUGAGUCUUUUUCAAUCUUUUUCUAAAAGAUCUAUUCUGAGUGUGUAACUUGCUCCAGAGAGAUGCCAGCUGCAGUGGGGGAAGGCUCUGUCCUUGCAGCACAGAGCUGCAGCCAGCUCUCACAGCCUGCCCCUUGGGCUGGACACAGCACUUGUUGAUAACCAGCCCUGCGGCUAAAGAAUGCAGAAGUGCACCAUCUCUGCAAACACAAGUGCCAGAGCUGCACCACAGCAGUGAUAGCAUGAUGCAGUUCUACUCUAGGUAAUUCAUGAUCAGACUCAGAAUUUACUUUAUAGUGUCUAAAUUUAGGCAGUUUUGAAUGAUACCUUCGAUCCUAAUAAGAACAAACUAAAUUUAAAAGCCAUCCUCUUCUUCCAUAACGGUACUCCUAAGAUUAGAAAUGUUGAAUGCAUAGGGAUUAUGAAGAAUCAAAUAUUUAUAUCAUUUGUAAUUUAGUUGUAAUAAUAAUUUUACUUUAAAUGUGUUCUUAAUGAUUAUUAUUCUUCCUUUUUGUAGUUUGGUUUCUGUCAAAGUAAAUGUGUCAAAUCAAGUGUCAGUAAGAGUAUUUGUGACCUUUCUAUUGCCUAAAUGAACUGCAGCUGUGUAUAUAAAAUAAAAUAUUUCAGUGAAACAACUGUUGCUCAUAUAACUGUAUCUGAAACUUAAAUCUGAACAGUUCUUGAAAUCUAAUGCAAAAUCAUUUAAUAUGGGAGGAAUUUUGAUACCAGUUAGUCAUCCUGAAAUUGGAGUUUUCUGCCUGCAAUCAACCAAGAGCUACUAUUACGAAAUUUAUUAAAUAAAUUUAAAAAAUAUUGUAUGGGA